GAAGAAUUGCUUUGUGUAAUUGCGUCACGCGUGAUAUAAAUCUAUCAACCUCCUAUCCACGUACAAAAUUCAACAAUUUAUCCCAUACAAUUUAGUGUAUGAUUAUAUGAGUGUAUAUAUAAAUUAUAAAAGCUGAAAUCUUUCAAUAGAUAUGCAAAGCUAACCCAAAGACAAAAUCACAAAACCAACUUUUAGCAUUCCAAAAAAACCAGGGGUUUCUACUUUUGUGUUAUGAAGAUGAUUUUUCCUGUUUUCUUCGCCUUUUCACUCUUGGUUUCCUAUUCUUGCGCUAAUAUUCUCUUCGACUAUUGUGUUGGAGAUUUAAGCUUGUCAAGUGGACCAGCAGGAUACUCAUGUAAAGAUCCAACUACAGUCACUGUAAAUGAUUUUGUUUCUUCUAAUUUGCGUGUUCCUAGAAACACAGAAAAUAUAUUUAAAUCCAGUGCAACCACAGCACUUGUAAAUCAGUUUCCAGGUUUGAAUGGUAUGGGAAUUUCUAUAGUACGAUCAGAUAUGGAUGUAGGUGGAGUCGUACCAAUCCACACACAUCGAGUGUCAGAAUUGAUCAUCGUAGUUGAAGGAACUAUACUUGCAGGAUUUAUUGACACAAAUAACACUGCAUUUUAUAAAACUUUAAACAAAGGGGAUGUGAUGAUCUUACCACCAAUACUACUUCACUUUCAAGUCAACGUAGGAUCAACUCCGUCAGUUGUAUAUGCAACCUUUCCAAGUGAAAAUCCUGGAUUCCAAGUUCUUUCCACUGCUUUGUUCCGAAGCAGCCUACCCUUAGGAAUUGUUGAGAAGAUCACUUUGCUCGAUCAUGCACAAGUAAAAAAGCUCAAGAAGGUAUUUGGUGGCACAAACUGAUUACAAAUAAAGUUCUGCUGCAUGAGAUUGAUCUCAUGUAUCCAAAUGUAACAAUCUUUAUCUCCUCAAUGUUCCAUUUUGUAAAAUCGUUUUUGAUUUUUUCCCUUUGUGUAUAAGUUGUACGUUUUGCAUAUUUGAUAAAGUGCUGCUAGUAAUGAAUUUGAAACAUGUUGCCAAAAGAAAUCAAACGUAUAUAGCCGUACGAAAAUUUAGUGCUACAAUUCGGUUCAA